GUGGAGCAGCGGCGUCACAUGUUGUUUUUCCUCCAGCACCGGAGCGGAGCGUCCUGUUUUCUUUCCACUGCGGCGGACGAGUGGACACACGGGGUCGACGCCUGCGAUGGAUUCGAUUAAAACAGGUUAUUAAAUUUGUGUUUUGUUUUGGGUUUUUUUUUAAAAAAGGGACUUUUGUUCAGUUGCAACUCGGAGAAAAAGAAAGAGAGCGAGAGCGAGCGAGAUAGAGAUAGAGAGAGGGGUGGAGAGAACAUGGCGAGUCCUCCGGCGACGGGGGGACACCCGUUAUCCGGCGGCGCGAGUGGCGUGAAGAAGUGCGGCUACCUGCGGAAGCAGCGACACGGACACCGGCGCUUCUUCGUGCUGCGGGAGGCGACGGAGCGCUGCGCCGCGCGCCUCGAGUACUACGAGAGCGAGAAGAAGUGGCGGAACAAGUCGGCGGCGAGGCGGCUCAUAACGCUGGACUCGUGUCUGUGCGUAAACAAGCGCGCCGACGCCAAGCACAAGCACCUGAUCGCCCUCUACACCAAGGACGAGUACUUCGCGGUGGCCGCGGAGAGCGAGCAGGAGCAGGAGAGCUGGUACGACGUGUUGACGGACUUGAUCGCGGAAGGGAAGAUGUACGAUGCCCCCGCAGCCACCUCCUCCUUGGUGGGCUUCGAGGAGGCCAGCUAUGGUCUCAUCGCUCCCGCGACAGCUGCGUACAAGGAGGUGUGGCAGGUCAACUUGAAGUCCAAAGGCCUGGGUCAGAUCAAGAACCUCACCGGAGUGUACCGGCUGUGUCUGUCCAGCCGGACCAUAAGCUUCGUCAAGCUGAACUCUGAAGCAGCCGCCGUCAGCCUGCAGCUCAUGAACAUCAGGAGAUGUGGCCACUCGGACAGCUUCUUCUUCAUCGAGGUCGGCCGGUCGGCGGUCACCGGGCCCGGGGAGUUCUGGAUGCAGGCGGAGGAUACUGUGGUGGCGCAGAACAUCCACGAGACCAUCCUGGAGGCCAUGAAGGCCAUGAAGGAGCUGUGCGAGUUCAGGCCGCGCAGCAAAAGCCAGUCGGCCAGCACCAACCCCAUCUCUGUGCCCACGCGGCGCAACCUCAACAACCCCCCGCCCAGUCAGACGGGCCUGGUGAGGAGAUCCAGGACCGACAGCAUGGCGGCCACGUCCCCGGGGGGGAAGUUCACGUCAUGUCGAACAAGAACUGCCAGUGAGGGAGAUGGAAGCGUGACCCGACCCGUGUCGAUAUCCAUAUCUGUGAACGGGAGUCCCACCAGUCCAAGUUCUGGAAAUCACUUCGGCCGGUCUCAAGCCCUCAGCAGUGGGCGCACCUGCAAAAUGCUGGAGUCGUCCUCCAACCUGCAUCACAGCCAGUCCAUGCCGGUGUCCAACUCCCCUCCGGCUGCCUCCAGCCCCAUCAGCAUCUCUCCCGUAGGGGGGGCUUGUAUCUCCACUCCCGACAAAGCCAGGCGGACUUUCAGCUGCAGCGCCUCCAUCUCCGGCUCCCUCAGCGACACCAGCUUCAUGCUGUGUGAUGAUUACAGCUCCAGCCCGAGUGAACCCAGAUUCCUCCCCCUGAACCGCAGUGACACCCCUGACUCCCUGUCCAGCACACCUCCAUCACGUGACACCAGUGACCCCUGUGGCUACAUGAUCAUGGAGGGCACGAGCGGCAGCGGGUCUGGUGGCGAGGGUCUGGCCUACAGGAAGCGGACGCACUCCCUCACCACGCCACGUCAACAGAGGGUGGUGGCACCAUUGUCCUCAGCCUCCCUGGAUGAAUACACACUCAUGAGGAUAGCCCACGGACAGCACUGUCAUUCUGCCUCGCCCAAGGUGUGCUACCCCGAGGAUUAUGGAGACAUCCAAAUUGGUUCAUCCAGGAGUUCAAUUAGUAACCUUGGUGAUGAGGGCUACAUGCCGAUGACACCAGGUGCGGCGCCUCAGUCUGGAAAGGUCGACGACUACAUGCCCAUGAGCCCCAUGUGCGUCUCGGCGCCGAAGCAGAUCGUGAACCCAAGGGUACAUCCUCAGGCAGCUGCCAGCGUUGGCUACAAAACCAACUCCCCCUGCAGCAGCUCUCUGGAGGACAGCGGCUACAUGAGAAUGUGGUGUAGCUCAAAAUCCUCAAUGGAGAGCCCGGACAGGCACGGCGAAUACAUGAACAUGUCACCCGGAAACCCACCUCCGCUCCAGACCCCAACCGACUACUUGGGCCUGCUAGCUGGUGAACCUGCAUCGAUGAGGUCGGCUCACCAGGCCAGCUCCCUCACGCUACCUGCUAAGCUCCAGGCCUCAAAGAACGACGAUAAUGGCCAGUAUGUGUUGAUGAGCCCUCAGAGUUUGAGGCAGAGGGCCAGUGAGUCGGACUAUUACUCAGUGAUGCAGCCCUGCGCUACUCAGACCUCACAGCUGAGCCCCUCGGUGCUCUCUCCUGUCAAACACGGCCGGGCAGAGAGCCUACCCUACAGAGGGAGGCUUGGCAGGCCCAACCGGUUAGCCCUCGACACCCUCAAGACCCUUCCGAGCAUGAAUGAGCACCCCGUGCCCGGAGAGCCCCGGAGUCCCGGGGAGUACAUCAACAUUGACUUCAGCUGUGCCAGGAUCUCCCAGCCCUCCAUCGCAUUGACAGAGAACCGGUCCUCAUCUUUGGGUUCCGAUGGCGGGGGCCCGGGGAGGUCCUCCCUGACGGACUACAUGAACCUGGAGCUGGGCUCUCACUCACCCAGCGAAGCCGACACUCCUGCUGAGCACCUAGACACACUCCCCGUGUUGUCCAUGUGCUCCUGCUCGGAGGAGGAGGAAGUGUACCACCUGGGCAGUGAGAAGGAGUCUCGGGGCCUCGGCAGUGAGGUGAAAAAUGACUUCAUAGAGUUGACGUUUGGGAUGACCAGCUCGCCACCACAGCUUGUUCCUCAGAACACGGCAAGCAGCCAGAGCAGCAGGGAGAGGACGCUCUCUCUAGAGGACGAGGGAGUCCCAGAAAGCAUCGGGGCCUUCCUGCUCGGAGCCACCUCUUCCACCACAGUGGACCCGGACUGCGCCGCCAAGGUGAUCCGGGCCAAUCCGCAGGGACGCCGGCGCCACAGCUCAGAGACCUUCUCCUCCACCGCCACUGUGACUCCCGUCUUCCCCUCCUUCGCCCACAGCGACAAAGUGAAGAGGCACAGCUCGGUGGAAAACAUAUCGUCCCGGAGCAGCGACGGCUCCGACGAGGAGUACGGCAGCCCAGUGAACCGCCAGAGCUCGUCUGGCUACCCGAACGGGCUGAACUACAUCGCCCUGAACCUGCUGGACAACAGGAAUGUGGAGAAGUGCGAAGACCUGGUCGGCUUCAAACCCACCAGCAGCUGCAAGGCGGGCAUCAAUGGAUUACACAGCACUCCAUAUGUCUGUUUGGGUUUCAAGGAGGCUGCAACCACUGCCAAAGACUGAAUGACUCCUUUGUCCUCUGACUUGGCGUCUUCACCCAACCUACUGCUCGGCAAAAGUAUCAACUUUGCCCUUCCAUCGGUAUCUGUUGCCAUCAAAGUCUGUCUGGACUCUCAGUAACAUACAUGUAGGUUAAAAUCCUGUCACCAUCUCUGCGUGUCAUGAAUUUGCCAAAGGCGGGAAAGGUAUCUUUGUGUGUGUGUUGGGGGAGGGGAGGGUAGGGUUGUAUAUUUGUCCAUUUCAUGUUACCUGCACUUUCAGAGGCCGUUUCUCUGUGACCCAAAUUUUGGCGUGGACAUAGAAGUGAAGCUAGUCAGACAAUAACCAAACUCUCACAGUAUCCACAAACUAUUUAUUUACUUGUGGGAAGGUUUACAACUACCUGUUUGUGUGCAAGUGUGUGUUUCUGAAACAAAGUAUGACCAACUGCUAUGUCUGUGAAAAAUGAAAACCUAUUAUAUACAGUAAAUGCCCAUUGAGUAAGGAUAUCAAGGUACACCGAGUAUAUAACUAUAUUUAGAUAUUUUAUUUAUUUUUGGAAGAUGAAUGUCUGAUAAGACCUACCCAAUGCCUUAAUGUCUAUGCUGUCCUUAUGUUUUCUAUGAAAUGACGCAAAUAUUCUAUGAUGCUGUGUCUGUUUGGACCUACAUCUCUAAAUUUUUAUUCUCUUGUGGAAAGUGAAAAGACUAGUUUACCCUUUGAAAUAUAUAAUUUCAGAAAUGUACAGUACAGUGGGGCUGCUUGAGAUCUGAUUUAUCGUAAUGAUAUUAAAGUAUUUUCUAUACUAUAAAUCACUUAUUUAUUCUAAUGUAGUUUAUUUUUUUGGUCCAAUCCAAACACUGGACUUAAAGAAAUAUAUUUCGAAAUGUCUUUUAGAGUUAAGCAUGUGUUUAGAACUGGCUCAGACCACCAGGCAUCUGAACGCACGGUACCUCCCACAAUUCCUCUGUCACUUGAGCCAUGAAAACCAAACACACUCCUACCUUCAAACCUACGGCCUGCUGUUUAGCAGGCCGCCCUGCUGUGAUAUAAUUUGACGGUACAACUGUCUGGUUGAGGUGAUAAUGGACUGGGCACAGUCCAGUUUCUGGUCAACAAGUGAGUGCUGAAGUGAAGUGGGAGAAAGAGCUGUCAGCAGUGUUGGACAAGCACAGAGGGAAGGAGAGGCCAACAGCCCCAUCUGGCCCCAUCAUGGAAGUUUGCUGGAUAUUCAACUGUCUGGCAGAUGUGGCAGAUAGCGUGAAAAACUAGACCUGGCUGAAAAAGAAUUAUGUAAUUUUACAAGUUAUAGAAAUACAACUAUGUAACAGUAAAACAUAGUGAAAGAGAAAAAGAGUUAAGCAAAUCAGUAAUCAGUAACCCUGCCUUUAAAAGUAAAGUUAUUUAGCUCGUGGUCAUAACAGACCACACAAGGCUGCAGCAAAACCUGUAAGGGAAGAGUCUAAUGAAUUUGGCAUCAAUGUCUAAUUGCUUAUGAAUUUGUAAUAGGAACAAUGCUCUACUUCUUCCAUUAAACAUAAGACAGUCAUGUGGAACAGCAGCUUCUGUGGCCAUACGUAGUAUUUUCAGGAUAAUGAUGAAUACUAAGGCAGUACAAUACUAGUGUAAGAUACGUAAGACACCGUGGAUAUAGCAAGGGUGUGUUGUAUGGUGAUCUUUUCAAAAGUUACACAGAAACAACACAUUUUGAUUAGAAGAGAAUUUGCCAUCUCCAGUCAAGAAAAAUUACAAACUAAAAAGUUCAAUUCUGCCCCUUGCCUAGAGCUUUCAAAAUGGCUACCAGAUGAUUUGAACCCUCUAUUCACAUCCUGGUUCUGUGGUCUUUACACCAUCCACUGUGCUGACUCCAACUGGCUCACAACUCCUUCAGUGUGCAUUAGAUUGUAAAUCAUUUCACCACGUCUGAAUGUAUGGCUGAGCUGGUGGAAACUCCACAGACACACAGUGUGGGUAACAGUUUUGACAUGGUUAAGUAAUACUAGAGCUCUACCACACUGUUGAGGUAUCUAUUUAUCUUUUGUAUAUUGUGUAUAUAGACAGAGUUUAACAAAAAAAUAUUGAAAAUACAUAUGUGACUUGGAUUUUACAUAUGUUGCGAUGAUAUUCUCGUGUUAAGACUUUGGCUACAGAUUUUUAAGAGGGGGGAUGUUUUUUUUUGCUUUUGGGUUGUACAGUGUAUUGUAUGCUUUUUGUCCCUCACAGUCUCAAGUCUAUUUUCUAUUAUCUCUUUGCCUUGUCGACACACUUUACCGAAUGGCAUAUGCAAUAGUGACAUGAGUACAAUCUAGUUUACAACCCUGGAACCAAAUGUAACAUUGCAACAAUAUAUAUAUAUUUUUUCUUCUUCUGAUGAGCAGAAGCUGCUCUGCUCUGUGUACAUUUUCUCAUUCUGCCAAGUGUUUAACUUUCAUCGCUGAAAAAACUUUGUUUGUGACUUUGUCUCAAAGCGAUUUGCCCAUUUCUGCAUCCACGGGCAGAUUCUCCUUUCACAGUUUGGUCUCGGACUGACUCAGUUUGAAUGCGUCGUUGUCUUCCAUUGUACAUAGAUCAAUAUACUGUUCAUUUUGAUGCUCACAAGAGAUGAUAUUAAUGAUUUAUAAUAUUCUGGUAGUGGAGUAUUGCUUUUGUCUGGAUUGAUGGAUUAAUGGAUAGCAACCUGCAGAAAUAAAUGGAUUUAUUUAAAGAUGUA